AUGGUUGUCAAAUCGAAGUCAUCGACACCCUCGGUCGUCCCACAAGAUCAUCCCGCGAACGAGCUUUCAAUCUUGACGCAAGACCAAAUUAUCGCUUUAUCUAAACUCCAGCCAGUUCAUCUUCCAAAUGAAUCUACAUACAUUGAAAAUGACUUAGAGCACCCAAUCCACCUGUUACGAACCAGUUGGAAGUAUAUAUACGUAGUUAAUUGGAUCUACCAUUGUAGAGGGUUUGUGAGAUUGCAAUCUGAGUAUUUUGAUAUCGACUUAUUGGAAACUGAAUUAUUAGGGCUAGUCUCCCCACCACCUUUGGACGAAUCCAUUUUAUUUAUCAACAAGCUUCGAGUUGCACUCAUUUCCACAGUCCAAGGAUCCAAGUGUUCGCCUAACAACUUUGAAAAUAUUUUCAGAAUCUGGUUCGGUAGCAAGACCCCGCUAGGCGGAAGAGAUGAUGAUGAAGAAGAAGAAGAUGUUCCAGUAGGUACAGUUGGUGAAGGUACUGAAGUCAAGAAUGAGCCAGUUGUUGCCAAUGGUGGCCAGCAAGAAGUCUAUGAACCAAGAUUUGAACAAAUAAGUCUUCAAGAUAAAUUCGAGGUAUUGUACCUAAUGAUUGAGUAUAUAUCUGGUUAUCCACAAUUUAGAGCCUGGAUCGAUAAGAACAAUGUUCCCUCUGAUAUGCUUAGAUGGAAUUUACUCUUCCACGAAAACACAUCAGCAGCAACAUCAGAGGACUAUUUAUUACUUUUUGACUGUACAAGGUUAUACAAAAGAAUUACGAAAUAUCCACAACUCUCGAUCCCAAAAAAGAGAAAGUUAGCCCCCAAGGACCCAGAGACUCACUUUAACGACAGUAAGUUCGAUGUAGUGGACUUUAAAUUUGAAUUGAUUACCAAGGGAAUUUACCAAUAUAAUAAGUACAUUGAGGAAUUGAAGAUUAAAUCGAAGAGGAAUUCUAAGUUUAAGACUCAAUACCUGACUUUGACAACCAUUGCUAUAUUGGAAACGUUGUAUAUUGCAGAAAUCAAGAAAAGGAAGUUUAUAACCAGUAGGAAGAAGGAUCUCCAGUUGGCAAACUUAUUAGCCACUAGGAAGAGAUCAUCUAGAUUAGAGGCCAAGGAAAAACAAAAGCAAGAGGAAUUGAGGUUAGCGAGGAUACAAGAAGAAGAAGAGUUGAGAAUUGCAGCUGAAAAGAGAUUGGAAAGAAGAAGACUAGCUAGAAACGAGCAACACAUUAGCGAGGGAAUGACCAGAGAAGAAAGAUUGAGAAUGAGAAGAAAUCCCGAAGAAGAAGCUCCAGUAGAAAAUGCUGGAGCCCAUGAUCAACUAACCGAAUUCAAUGCAGUAAAGCCAGAGAGUGAUGGUGAGGUUACUGAUUUGGUACUGAACCAAGUGGUCGAUGAAGUAAAAUCUACUGAGGAGGAAGUCGUACAGAGUACACCAGUGGUGGAAGGUACAGCUAUUGCACCUGGUCAGGAAGAACAGACUCCAAUUGCAGCUGUAAAUUCCACCGAGGAAGAUCUUAUAAAGAGUGCACCAGUAUUGGUGGAAGGUACAGUUAUUGUGCCUGAUCUGCAAGAACAGACUUCAAUAGUUGCACCAGCAGUUAGCGAAAUAGUCGAACCAGUAUCUCAACCAACGGCUGAGCCAAGUGUUGAAUUAGUUCAAAAGCCAACUUCUAACCCGAUAGGCGAAUCUGAGGAGAUCCCAAUUACCGAACCAGUAAUAAUCUCAGCGAUAACAGCUGAUAAGGUUCCCAGGGAAGAAGGUGAAGCUCGCUAA